AUGCUCAACAUCAAGGCCUUCUACAACGAGGAGAUCAGGCGCCUCGUCCUGCCCGAGCCAUCGUGGGACCACCUCAAGCAGCGCCUGGCCGAGCUCUUCCAUUUCCCGUCUACAUCAUCCUUCCAGGUGAAGUGGAAAGAUGACGAGGACGAUUACAUCACCCUCGACAGCGAUGAGGAGCUCGCGCAGGCCCUGCGAUACACCGAUCCGCAGCAGCUUCUCCGCCUCUUCAUCUUCAGCCACGCGACCGCCGCAACUCCCAUGGCUCGCGGCUCGAUGCCGGCCCAGGGUCCCUUCACGUCGUUCUUCACCCAUUCUACGCCCUACGCCUCCUUCUCUGCCGCUCCGAUGGCGGGAUCGAUUCCGCCUCCAUCGAGCUUCGUCCCCUACCAGCCGCGCGGCCUGCCUCUCGCCUCGUCGGUGGUUCAGCUCCAGCAAGCCGCCACGACCGACGCCAAGGCCGCGUCGGCCCCGGCGCCCAUCGCUACCGGUGGAGUCCCGACUCCCGUACCAGUGGUAGCGCCCGGGUUGCUGGUGGGUAGUCCCACCCUUGCGGCCGCGGGCUCCCUGUUUGCCUCUAAGCGUGAGUUCAAGGAGCAGUGGAAGCAGGAGAAGCGCGCGCUCAAGGAGCAGAAAUACCUCUGCGGGAACAAGGAGGAGUGGAAGACGCUCAAGAAGGAGCAGAAGAAGGCGCUCAAGCACAAGAAGGACCUGGUCAAGACGAGCCACAAGCUCAUGCGGAUGGAGCGCGUCUUCGACCCCCAGGAUCCCAAGGACCACAAGAAGCUCUACAAGCUCCAGCAGAAGCAGUACAAGACCACCGCUCGCGCCCUCUAUGCUCGCUUCGUCAAGCACGUCUCCAUUCCCGACGGAACCGAGAUGGCGCCCGACACGCCCUUCACCAAGACGUGGCGCUUCCGCAACGAAGGCACGAUGCCGUGGCCGCAGGAGGUGACGCUCAUGUUCAUCUCCAAGAUCAACGGCGACCAGAUGGGCGCGCCCGAGUUCGUGCCGGUCAACACGGUCGUCAUGCCCGGCGAGGAGGUCGACGUGAGCGUCCACAUGGUGUCGCCCAGCCGCGCGGGCCACUACCAGGCCUACUUCCGCCUCUGCUACGGACCCAAGAAGUUUGGUCAGCGCGUGUGGAUCAAGAUCAACGUCGCGUGCACCUCCGAGGCCGAGGCCGAGGCCGAGAACGACGACGAGCAAGUCAAGAGCGUCAAGGAGAUCGACUCCCUCGUGGACGACAACUACUCCAACGACACUCCCGUGCCCGCGCCGUCGUUCAUCGAGGGCGUCAACGACGACCUCGCUGUCGCCGCCGCCGCCGCCGCCGCCGUCGCCCCCGUUGCCGGAGCUCCGGACCAGGCCCUGCUGCAGAAGCUGAGCGAUCUGGGCUUCACCGACCGCGACCACAACGCGAGCCUGCUGGCCAAGCACAACGGCGACAUCGACAUCGUCGUCGACCAGCUCCUGGUCCAGGAACAACACCAACAGCAGCAAUAG